AUGGCGGGACCUUCCGUGAAGACAGAUUAUGGGGAUGACCUGAUCACUGUCAGAAAAAAAACAGCGUUGACUAUACGUCCCAAUCCUGAGGCAGCAAGAGGGAAGAAGUCGCGAACGGCCUUCAUCUCUACACAGAUAGACGGCCUUGAGAAAUGCUACAGCGAGCAGCGGUACCUGUCGGUUAAGACUUGGCUCCAAAACAGACGAAUGAAGGAGAAGAGACAACGGCGAUGUGCAGGGAUCUUCAGCUCACCAGGACUUCCCGGGGAUGUCGCAUUUGCCGUAAGCUGUCUUGCACAGUUCUUCAGUACACUGAAAGCCAGCAAGACCACCAUUAUGGUAUCCACUGAAUCUCAGAAGAAAACCAUCAGUUUUUCCAUCGACAGCAUUCUCAGCUCUACGUCAUCCAGAAAGACAAGGCAGCAGGCUUGGGCAAUGUACCCUCCCACUUCCGAAGCGAUAACGUUUCCAGUUGUCACGUGUUCGGAGUCAGCUUCCAUUCCCAUCAUGCCGUUGAUUGUUCCUGAAUACUCUGACCUGCGCACUGAUGACCAACUGUCAGAAUGUAGCGAGGUCAGCGACAAAGCUGCCAACAACAGAGCGUCUCCUGGUUUAUCCGUCAACGACUCGUCAGUUCUUAGUCAAGAAAACAGCCUUGACAUCUCACUCCAAUCCAGCCACGGCAGAAGGAAGAAAUCCCGAACGGCCUUCACCACCACACAGAUAGACGGCCUUGAGAAACGCUACAGCGAGCAGCGCUAUCUGUCGGUCAGCGAGAGAAGUGAUCUGGCUAUGGAGUUGGAACUAUCCGAUCAACAGGUCAAGACGUGGUUCCAGAACAGACGAAUGAAGGAGAAGAGACAACGACGUAGUGCAGGGAACACCAGUUCGCCAGAGCUUCCGCAUUUGCCGUCAGGCGGCGCCUUGUCCAGUUCUUCCGGUGUUUGCUAUCCAGGCCAAACUAGAGAACCAAUGACCAUGCAGUUCUCGGCGAUGUCACAGAAUCAUGUACUGCCCUCAAGUCUGUCGUAUGCUGUGCCGUAUCCAUACCCCAUGGGAUAUCACCCCGUGCCACUAACUGAGUUUCGAGCUUCAUACUGA